CAGGCGUCGACAGAGUCGAUACAACACUUUUGUGUAUUUAGUUGAGGUAAGAGCAAGUGGAUUUUGAAAAUGUCGAUCUCGUCAGAGUGUGAUAAAAGCAAGUGUGCAGGUGAGACGAGACGGAAAAAAAGAAAGAUUGAUCAGACUCACUUCUGCAGCUUCAUCACGGACCAAACACAAACAUCAACAGAUCGAGAUUUUUCUCCAGGAUGCAGUUCAGUUCAUCAGAAGAGAUCAGAUCCACAGCCCAGCUGUGUGUCUAUGAAAAGUGACUGGUCUAUGGUUCAGCCAUUGAACUUUAACUCUGGAGAUAAACAGUCUGCUCUCAAUUCAGUUCAUCAGAAGAGAUCAGAUCCAGAGCCCAGCUGUGUGUCUAUGAAGAGUGACGCGUCUAUGGUUCUGCCAGUGUACUUCAACUCUGGAGAUAAACAGCCUAAUCUUAAGACAAUUCACUCAGCCGGACCAAUCAUAACAGAACAGAGUCCGCCACAUGUCUUUAAUUACAACAUAGAUCCUGAAUUCAGCCAUAAAUCUGAUGUCCUUAACACAUUUAGAUCAAAUCUAAGUAAAAGAUAUCAGUGUUUAUGUGAGGGAACAUCAAAUCAGGGAACCCCAACACUACUGAAUGAGAUCUACACAGAGCUCUACAUCACAGAGAGUGAAAGUGGAGAGAUCAGUAAUGAACAUGAGGUGAGACAGAUUGAGACACAAUCCAGAAGAACAACAACAGAGGAGACACCAAUCAAAUGUAAUGACAUCUUUAAACCUUUAACUGAACAACACAAACACAUCAGAAGUGUGCUGACAAAGGGAGUCGCUGGCAUUGGAAAAACAGUCUCUGUACAGAAGUUCAUUCUGGACUGGGCUGAAGAGAAAGAGAAUCAGGACGUCCACCUCAUAUUUCCACUUCCUUUCAGAGAGAUCAAUUUGAUGAAGGACAAAACACUCAGUCUUUUAGAUCUUCUUCAUCUUUUCUUCCCAGAGACAAAAGAAAUGGAAAUCUUCAGUGAUGAAUAUAAAGUGUUGUUCAUCUUUGAUGGUUUGGAUGAGUGUCGUCUGUCUCUGGAUUUUCACAGAAGUGUGAGGUUGUGUGAUGUAAAUGAAUCAACCUCAGUGGACGUGAUGCUGACAAACCUCAUCAAGGGGAAUCUGUUUCCCUCUGCUCUCAUCUGGAUCACCUCCAGACCAGCAGCAGCUGAUCUCAUCCCCUCUGAGUGUGUUGAUCGAGUCACAGAGGUACGAGGCUUCAGUGAUCCACAGAAGGAGGAAUACUUCAGGAAGAGAAUCAGUGAUGAGAGUCUGUCUGAUCAAAUCAUCUUUCACCUGAAGUCAUCCAGGAGUCUCUACAUCAUGUGUCACAUCCCAGUGUUUUGCUGGAUUUCAGUCACUGUUCUAGAGAGAAUAUUUAAUGAAGCAGAGAGAAGAGAGAUCCCCAAGACUCUCACUCAAAUGUACACACACUUCCUGAUCAUUCAGACAAACAUCAAACAUCAGAAGGACUAUGAGAAGAAAGUGAAGGAUGAAGAGAUGAUCUUUAAACUGGGUAAACUGGCUUUUGAGCAUCUUGUGAAAGGCAAUCUGAUCUUCUAUGAUGAAGACCUGAGAGAGUGUGGCAUUGAUGUAGCAGAAGCAUCAGUGUACUCAGGAUUGUGUACUCAGAUCUUCAGAGAGGAGUUUGGUUUGUAUCAGGGGAAAGUUUACAGCUUUGUUCAUCUCACCAUUCAAGAACAUCUUGCAGCUCUAUAUGUGCACCUCUCCUUUAUAAACGACAGCAUUAAUGUGUUUGAUGAAAUUAGCAAAUCCACUUGGAUCAGAAGAGAACAGUUAACAUUAUCUUACCUGCAUCAGAGAGCUGUCGAUGCAGCUUUUGAGAGUAAAAAUGGACAUCUGGAUCUUUUUCUUCGAUUCCUUUUGGGUCUCUCAGUGGAGUCCAAUCAGAAUCUCUUACAUCAUCUACAAACAGGACGCCUCUUCUUCAAAAAAGAAGAAACAGUUGUAUAUAUCCAGAUGAGGAUCUGGUCUGAUCAUUCUCUAGAGAAAUCCAUCAAUCUAUUUCACUGUCUGAAUGAACUGGGAGAUCAUUCACUCAUAGAGGAAAUUCAACAAUAUCUUAAAUCUGGUGAAACAAGAAAAGUGAACCUCUCCCCAUCACAAUGGUCAGCAUUCGUUUUUGAUUUUCUGACCUCAGAACAGAAAAUGGAUGAGUUUAAACUGAAGGAAUUUAUUACACUACUGCCUACAGCUCAGCCAUUCCUUCAUAAGAAUCUGUCUGCAGGAAUCAGAUCAGAUCAGUCGUUUUGUACAAAGCUCAUCGUUUUGAGAAAUCGCAAUGUGAACCAAUUGGACAGCUAUCCAGUGCGUUGUAAUAUACCAUUACAUGUUUUGAAAGAUGAGCUCCCAAGGAAUAGUCAAAGCCAGGAGAUAAUAUCGUCUUUACUACCUUAUCAGUACGAGCCUGAAUCUGACCCAGAUAACACAGCUGAUCGAUCAACUUUACCAGCCCGAUGUGAGCAGAACGUAACAGAUUGGGGAAAACACAGCGUCUACUCGACAUGGCGGCAGCAACAACACUACAGCGCGGUUGAAAGUUAUACCCUCUAUCUUUCCAUGUACAUUGAGCGGGGCUAUGGAAACAUCUCAAACCAAGUCCCAAAGAUGGAUGAGUUUAAACCGAUCACACCAGAUGAGGUUCUGCAGACGCUUCUGCCUGUGGUUAAAGAAUGCAGAUCUUUUGAGUUGAGUGAUUGUAAUAUCACAGAUGAAGGUUUUGCUGCUCUGUCUUUAGCUCUGAGAUCAAACCCAUCACACCUGAGACAACUGAAUCUGUCUGAUAAUAAGAUAGGAGAUUCAGGAGUGAAGCUGCUCUCUGAAUUACUGGAGAAUCCUCACUGUAACCUGGAGAAAUUGAAGUUAACGGAUUGUAAUAUCACAGCUGAAGGUUGUGCUGCUCUGUCUUCAGCUCUGAGAUCAAACCCAUCACACCUGAGAGAUCUAAAUCUGACUAAGAAUCAACUAAGAGAUUCAGGAGUGAAACUGCUGUCUGCUGUACUGGAGCAUCCUGACUGUAAACUGGAGAAACUAGAGUUACAUGAAUGUAAUAUCACAGAUGAAGGUUGUGUUGCUCUGUCUUCAGCUCUGAGAUCAAACCCAUCACACCUGAGAGAUCUGAAUCUUUCUUAUAAUAAUCUUGGAGAUUCAGGAGUGAAGCUGAUCUCUGAUGUACUGGAGAAUCCUCACUGUAAACUGGAGAUACUGAGGUUGUGUAAUUGUAAUAUCACAGCUAAAGGUUGUGUUGCUCUGACUUCAGCUCUGACAUCAAACCCAUCACACCUGAGAGAACUAAAUCUGACUGAAAAUAAUCUUGGAGAUUCAGGAGUAAAGCUGAUCUCUGAUGUUCUGAAGAAUCCUCAGUGUAAACUGGAGAUAUUGGACAUGAGAACGUGUGAUAUCACAGCUGAAGGUUGUGUUGCUCUGUCUUCAGCUCUGAGAUCAAACCCACCAUACCUGAGAGAACUGGAUCUGACUUUUAAUGAAUUUGGAGAUUCAGGAGUGAAGCUGAUCUCUGAUGUACUGAAGAAUCCUGACUGUAAACUGGAGAAACUAAAGUUGUUGGGUUGUAAAAUCACAGCUGAAGGUUGUGUUGCCCUGUCUUCAGGUCUGAGAUCAAACCCAUCACAUCUGAGAGAGCUGGAUCUGUCAUAUAAUGAUGUAAGAGAUUUAGGAGUGAAGCUGAUCUGUGAUGUACUGAAGAAUCCUGACUGUAAACUGGAGAUACUCGACUUGUCUGAAUGUAAUGUCACAACGGAAGGUUGUGCAGCUCUGUCUUCAGCUCUGACAUCAAACCCAUCACAUCUGAGAGAUCUGAAACUGAACUGGAAUAAUCUUAGGGAUACAGAUGCGAAGCUAAUCUCUGAUGCACUGAAGAAUUCUGACUGUAAACUGGAGAUACUGGAGUUGUGUGAAUGUAAUGUCACAACUGAAGGUUGUGCAGCUCUGUCUUCAGCUCUGACAUCAAACCCAUCACAUCUGAGAGAUCUGAAACUGAACUUUAAUUAUCUUCGGGAUUCAGGAGUAAAGCCGGUCUCUGAUGCACUGGAGAAUCCUGACUGUAAUCUGGAGAUACUGGAAUUGAGGGAUUGUCAUAUCACAGAUGAAGGUUGUGUUGCUCUGUCUUCAGCUCUGAGAUCAAACCCAUCACAUCUGAGACAUCUGAAUCUGUCACUGAAUUUUAUUGGAGAUUUAGGAGUGAAGCUGAUCUCUGCCAUAUUGGAGAAUCCUCAAUGUAAACUGCAGAAACUGUGGUUGAGUUGGUGUAAAAUAACAGAUGAAGGUUGUCUUUCUCUUACUUCAGUUCUGAAAACAAACCCUUUACAUUUGAAAGAUCUGCAUCUGUGUUGUAAUAAUAUUGGAGAUUCAGGAGUGAAGCUGAUCUGUGAUGUACUGAAGAAUCCUGACUGUAAACUGGAGAUAUUAUGGUUGAGGGGGUGUAAUAUCACAGAUGAAGGUUGUGUUGCUCUGACUUCAGCUCUGAGAUCAAACCCAUCACACCUGAGAGAACUGAAUCUGAAAGGGAAUAAUCUGGGAGAUUCGGGAGUAAAGCUGAUCUCUGAGCUGAAGGAUGAUCCACAAUAUAAACUGAAGACACUACAUUGUGGAGCUCAGAUUGAUCAGAUUCACCUCAGCCGCUCCAUCAUGGACCAAACACAAACAUCCACAGAUGAAGAUUUUUCCUCAGGAUGCAGGUUGAGUUCUUGUAAUAUCACAGAAGAAGGUUGUGAUGCUCUGACUUCAGCUCUGACAUCAAACCCAUCACACCUGACUGAAAUUAUUCUGACUGAGAACAAAAUAGGAGAUUCAGGAGUGAAGCUGAUCUCUGAUGUACUGAAGAAUCCUGACUGUAAACUGAAGAUACUGAAGUUGAGUUAUUGUAAUAUCACAGCUGAAGGUUGUGAUGCUCUGACUUCAGCUCUGACAUCAAACCCAUCACACCUGACUGAACUGAAUCUGAAUGUGAACAAAAUAGGAGAUUCAGGAGUGAAGCUGAUCUCUGAUGUACUGAAGAAUCCUGACUGUAAACUGAAGAUACUGAAGUUGAAGUACUGUAAUAUCACAGCUGAAGGUUGUGUUGCUCUGUCUUCCGCUCUGACAUCAAACCCAUCACACCUGAGAGAACUAAAUUUGUCUCUGAAUAAACUUGGAGAUUCAGGAGUGAAGCUGAUCUCUGAUGUAUUGAAGAAUCCUGACUGUAAACUGGAGAUAUUGGACAUGAGAACGUGUGAUAUCACAGCUGAAGGUUGUGUUGCUCUGUCUUCAGCUCUGACAUCAAACCCAUCACAUCUGAGAGAGGUGAAUCUGUCUAUGAAUGAAUUUGGAGAUUCAGGAGUGAAGCUGAUCUCUGAUGUACUGAAGAAUCCUGACUGUAAACUGGAGAAACUAAAGUUGUGUGUUUGUAAAAUCACAGCUGAAGGUUGUGUUGCUCUGUCUUCAGCUCUGAGAUCAAACCCAUCACACCUGAGACAUCUGAAUUUGUCGUUUAAUGAUGUAACGGAUUCAGGAGUGAAGCUGAUCUCUGAUGUACUGAAAAAUCCUGACUGUAAACUGGAGAUACUCAACUUGUGUGAAUGUAAUGUCACAACUGAUGGUUGUGCAGCUCUGUCUUCAUCUCUGACAUCAAACCCAUCACAUCUGAGAGAUCUGAAACUGAACUGGAAUUAUAUUGGGGAUACAGAAUUAAAGCUGAUCUCUGAUGUACUGAAGAAUCCUGAAUGUCAACUGGAGAUACUGGAGUUGAGGGAGUGUAAUAUCACAGCUGAAGGUUGUGUAGCACUGACUUCAGCUCUGACAUCAAACCCAUCACACCUGAAACAUCUGAAUCUGAUUCUAAAUGAUCUUGGAGAUUCUGGAGUAAAGCUGCUGUCUGAUGCACUGAAGAAUUCUCACUGUAAACUUGAGAUACUGUGGUUGAGCUGGUGUAAUAUCACAGAUGAAGGUUGUGUUGCUCUGACUUCAGCUCUGAGAUCAAACCCAUCACAUCUAAAAAAUCUGCAUCUGUCUCAUAAUAAUCUUGGAGAUUCAGGAGUGAAGCUGAUCUCUGAUGUACUGAAGAAUCCUGACUGUAAACUGGAGAUAUUAUGGUUGUGGAAGUGUAAUAUCACACAUGAAGGUUGUGUUGCUCUGACUUUAGCUCUGAGAUUAAACCCAUCACAUCUGACUGAACUGAAUCUGAAAGAGAAUAAUCUGGGAGAUUUAGGAUUGAAGAUGAUCUCUGAUCUGAAGGAUGAUCCACAAAAUCAACUGAAGACACUACACUUUAAGAUGCCCAUCUGAUGUUCUGUUAGUGGAGAAAAGGAGGAACAGAAACAUCAGUCAACACCCUGGACAGAGACUUGAAGAUACACACAGACUUGAAGAUAAUCACACAGUUUGUGACCAUGCUGUAUUAUUUUUUGCUACUUUAAUUGUUUUGUAGAUUCACUUCAAGUGAAGAUUGAAUCAGAUUAUGACAGUGGCCUAAUAUCUUAUAAAUGUGACAUUAUGUCUGAUUCUUUAAGACAGUGUUUCUCACAUGUUUUAAUUUCCCUUAUGUGUCAAGGGGGGAACAGCAGUGGGGUUUGUGAGACUCUUUAAAAGUGCCAACGCUAAAUUAAAUAGAACUGUAAGAUUUACAGAAGUAUAUUUAAUGUUUAUGUAUGUGUUUAAUGGACAUUUCUGUUAAAUAAAUA